AUCUCCCAGCUCUAUAGUCCACAGAACAGCACGGUUGCGAACAGCUCGUGUCAUGGCGCGCCCGUGGUGGGCCAUAGGCGUUGCUUUGAUGGCCUGUGCCAAUGGGCAAGAGGCGCACGUGGAUGUCUUGUUGGAUCAGUUGAACUAUCAGGUCAUCAAUGACAAGGACCUGCAUCGAUUGAGUCCCGCCAUCGCGAGCGUCAUGGCGCAGGCGCUGGGCGUUUCGAGCGAAGAAGUUCGAAACAAUGCCGGCCUUGUGAGUCAAGUCGACCUGCAUCCAGGCACCUCUCACAACGAGUGGAUGUCUGGUACGUGGCCCCUCGAAAAACCAGGCGUUGGUACCUUGGUCUCCGCGCGCGUGGAGUUGCCCAGCACCAUCGCCUUUAUCGCAGAGAGUAGCCUGAAAGGCAGUCAGUUUGAAUCUAAGAUGAGAAAAGUGGCCCAGGAGGUACUAGGUGCCGACCACGAAGCCAUUGCUGGGCAGAUCUUUGUCCGCGCCGCCAUGGUUUCUCAGGAUACGGCGACAGAGGCUUCCACGCACCUCCGGGGUUCGACCCGGAGGACAGGACCCUCCGAGGGCACACGGCUCUUGCUGUACAGUUCGCUUGGGGUCGUCUUGUUGCUGAUCAUUGGCAUGCUUCUCUGGUGCUCCAGAGGUCUGUGUGCGCGACGAAAUGCUUCGGAGUCGAAGGGUUUUCGACAGGUGGGCUACGAUGAGGACAUCCCCAUCUACCAAAAUCGGCAGUGGUGGGGACAGGGUCAUUGAGUCACGGCAAUCUGCGAACCGCUCAAAGGGAGGGUUCGAGACCCAGGACUGAGCAAAGCAGUGGGAAUUCCAUGGAAUUCCGUA